AUAGCCUGCGUCUUCUGCAGAGUAAUAUCAGAAAAGGAGAGAAGUCUUCAAGUAUUUGUAAAGCUACCAUUACUUGCCAAAUCCAUUUUUAUGCCCUAGAACAAGAUCUUAUAUGUUGUAGUAGAGAUGGGCAAGGCAAGCAGCUGGAUAAUGAACUUCCUGGUAGGCAAAAAGGAAGAGAAAGAGAAGAGGAAAAAUAUUACUUUCUAUGAAGAUUAUAUGAGAACACCAAAUGGAAGUAUACCAUCUACUCCGAAUUACAAGAGGAGAUGGAGCUUUGGGAAAUCAUCAGGAAGAGAGAAAGUUAAUAAAAAUUCCAAAUCUCUUGAUGCAAUCACCCCACUUAUUACACAACAUGCAGCACCAUUGGAAUGGGAAAACCGGCAAAAUAGAAACAAGACAGUGGCAGCAGUACCGGCACCAGCAGAAGCUAUAAAAAGAGUAGUGGCAACAAGAGAAGACAGAAUAAUCAGAUCAGUUGAAGAGGCAGCUGCCACCAGGAUCCAAGCUGCCUACCGUUCUUAUUUGUUUUAUGUAUUUCUGCAGGCAAGAAGAGCACUGUGUGCUUUGAGGGCAUUAGUGAAGUUACAAGCACUGGUAAGGGGUCACUUGGUGAGGAGACAAACAGCAGCUACUCUUCAGCAAAUGCAUGCAUUGAUGGCAAUACAAGUUAGAGCUCGGUGUCAAAGAAUUCAGAUGGCUAAAGAAUCAGCACAGCUUGUUGUAAGAAGCUUAUCAUCCAGGCAUGGAAAUUUCCCUCUCGACAGUGAACUGAGAGGAGCACUUAAAGAGGCUAUGGACCUAAAUGUUUAUGAAACAAAAAGAGUAUUGAAAGACGAUCAUGGUUAUUUGGAUCAUCCACAAAUGGGGAGAAGAGAGCACGGAAAAACCAAAUACUACUCUGGAGAAAUAUACAUCUCAAAGCGAAAGGACCAAUACGAAGAGUUUUCCUUCCCCACAGUACCGAAUAGUCCUGAAAAUUAUUCCCCAUCUCCCGUGGCAAUACGAGGAAGAGCCUCUUUUACCUAUCAGAAGCCAGAUUAUAUGCAACCCAUCUGUCAUCCAAAUUAUAUGGCCAACACGGAAUCUUCAAGGGCUAAAGUCAGGUCACAAAGUGAACCGAAACAGAGACCCAAAGGGAGUAUGAGACCAGAAGGAAAGGGAACAGCUCCGAUGAAUGGAAGCAAUGCCCAACAAGAUGGUCGGCUACAAGGCUCCUCCUCUUACUCAAUGUCGUUAGCUUAUGAAAACCGAGACCCCUGGCUUACCAAGGUCUUCCAAUCAAGCAGGCAUGAGGAUUGCGAAUAUGAUGCCAAGAGCAAAGCUCGCUCUAGUUACUCCAACUGCAACAAACUUCUUGCCGCAUGCGAGCCCCACCUGUACCUGUAUUAAGUGAUCAUCUUAAUCCUGAGGACCUUUAAGCCAACAGAAGAGCAUAUGGAAGGAAGUACUGAAUUCAAAUUCUAAUUUCUUCCAAAAUCUUAGAAAUUGAAUAAAAAAUUUCUUCCACAUAAAUUGGUAGCGAUGAUGCUAUCAAAGAAAGAUGCCAAGGGCGCAUCAAAUUUUGAACUUUAUGGUGCUAGUGUCUUUGUAAAUUUAUAAUAUCAUCAUCCGUUUGCACGAUGGCGAUGCAAAGGAAUUCCGAA